GAUUGAUUGAUUGAUUGAUUGAUUGAUUGAUUGAGUGCUGGUGGUCAGUGCAAUAUGUCAGCUGGUCCGCCAUAUUGGAAGUGGCGAGUCUCUUGAAUUAUUUUUAAACUCUGAACCUUUAUGGCUCCAAUGUAGCUCCAUAGCCGGCCGGUCGGCAGACUGUUUCCCGUAUCCCUUUAAGGCCUCCUGUGUGGGUGGAGUUAGUGACUUUUUGAACUUCGGCUCUUCCUGUCGCUCUGCUAUUUAACGGCUGUCAGUUGCAGUCAUGUAGUUUUUCUGGGACCAAACAUGACGUUUCAACUGGACUGUCUGCUGACCACCGCCGGCCUGCCGCUGUUCCUGGUCGACGUCUGUCUGGACGUCGUGGCUGCGGUGCAGUUUUACCGGGAGGGAUCGUACCUGUGCCUCGGUGUGCUGCUGGUGCUGCUCAUUGGCUCCUCGGUGCUGGUGCAGCUCUACAGCUGGCUGUGGUACAGCUACGAUGCCUUUGAGAUGAAGACCAGCGUGGAGCGGUCCGCCAGGCCCGGGCUCGGGGUUCUGCACUGGGUCCAGUUGGGGAUCUACGUCAGACAUGCAGCCGUCAUGGAGACGUCUGUGAAGAGCUGCUCCUCCGCCUGCGACGGCCAGGGCGAAGACACGGCGGCGUUCCUGAACCAGGACCUGAGCAUGCUGCGGAUCGUCGAGACGUUCUCCGAAAGCGCGCCUCAGAUCGUCCUCAUGCUCACCGUCCUCCUGCAGGACGGGUCGCUGGGGCCGUUCCAAGUGUUGAAGACCGUCGGCUCGCUGUCGGCCGUGGCGUACUGCGUGACCACCUACCACCGCUGCCUUCGCUCCUUCCUGCCGGAGAAGGAGGAGCAGUCCGUUCUGUCCUCGCUCGUCUUCUUCGCCUGGAACCUGCUGCUCCUGGCCGCCCGCAUCGUGGCGCUCGCCCUCUUCGCCUCCGUCUUUCCCUGCUUCAUCUUCACGCACUUCGUCUGCUCCUGGCUGCUCUUCUGCUACUGCGCCUGGCGGGCCGACACAGACUUCAUGGACAGCGUGGCGGGCGAGUGGCUGUACCGGGCCACCGUGGGUCUCAUCUGGUACUUCGACUGGUUCAACGUGUUGGACGGGAAGACCAGGAAGCGGGCCAUCUUGUACCACGCCUGGAUCCUGUUGGACAUCUUUGCCCUCUGUGGUCUGUGGUUCUGGAAGAUGAGCUGGGAUCCUCCGGGCUUUGAGGCGUCCUGUCUGCAGGCGGCCAUCGUUUGGGGCGGCGUGGUCGCCGGCUACGCCUCGGGUUUGGUUCUGAGGGUCGUUUACUACACCUGCUUCCAUCCAAAGCUGAACAAAGGCGAGCUGAUAGGAAGCAGCGCGCAGAGGCAGAGCGAUGAAGUGGACGCCCCUCAUGAUGAUGAUGAUGGCAUACAGGGCAUGUUUCGAUCAGUGGAAGGAGCCGGGCCGAGCCGCCCGCCGCUGCACAACAAGAGGAUGAAGAAACUGGCCGAGAACUUUUACUCUUCAUCCGCUGAUGGUGCUGAAGUCUGAAACCUGCAGCAUCAGGUUGAACUGGACUUUGACUAGGCCGUUUCUCCUCAGGAUCAGAACCAGAACCCGACCAGCUUCUUUAAACCCAUGUUCUGGUUCUGCUCAGGGUUCCUGCAGCGUUCCAGGCUCGCUGCGUUCAGCCGGACCGGUUCUGACUGGUCUCUCAGGGUCGGGAGGCGGGUCGGAACCACGGGUUCCCAGCCGGGCUUAGUGGAAUAAUUUAUUAGUCUUGUUUGGAUCGAUUUAUAAAGAUCAAAUGUUUUAUGUCAUGUCAGAUAAAGAUAAUUUUAUGAAACUAAACGUGUCUGAAGAUGGAGGCAGAAUCAGAGAUUCACCGACGGAUUGUUUCUAUCUAUGGAUUCAGUUUCUUUGUGUUCAUGAGGCUCCAUGUCUCUGGUUGAUGUUAGCGUUAGCAGUUAGCAUCGCCAGUAAUCCUGCGCUAUGAGCCGACAGGGCACAACCAGGUCAAAGUUCACCACAUGGUGGAAGCAGAGAACAAACUGAUUCCCAUCAUCUGAGGCAGAUUUGAUGGGAACAGGAACAUUUGAACCGUUCCUGUUUCCAGCUGAAACAGGAAACAUGUUUUCUGUUUAGAACCUCCGACCCGGUUUUCAGUGAAAUGGACCGAUGAACAGAAGAAAGAAGUUCCGCCAACGUUUCAUGCCUUACAGGACAAACCAGCUGCAGUUGGACUUUUCAUGGAAAAACUGUAAAAUCAAAUCAAAUUAAAAUGGAGCUCAGAGUUCUGAGGUCGACCCGCCGGCAGCCCGCUCCAGACGCGACUUCAUUUCUGUUUCUUGUUCAUCUGAAAUGUUUUUUAUGUCAAAUAUUUUUACAGAAUAAAAUCAGACUGAAAACA